AUGGCAAGGGGACAGCAGAAGAUACAAUCCCAACAAAAGAAUGCCAAGAAGCAAGCUGAAAAGAAGAAACAUGGGAAUGAUCAGAAGGCUGCCGCAAAGGCAGCUUUAGUCUUCACAUGUCCUGUGUGCAGGACACAGAUGCCAGACCCUAAAACGUUCAAGCAGCACUUUGAAAGCAAACAUCCUAAGUCUCCGAUGCCUCCAGAACUAGUUGAUGUGCAGGCAUAA